AUGAGUGAACAAACGAAUUCAUUAUUAGAAAAGUCGUCUGACGACAUUCCCUUAAAAAACGAAGAUUCAGAAGCAAAGACGGAAGAUUUGCAGUCAAAAGAACAGAUUAGUUCCACUGAUAAUGAUAUUUGCGGACUUCCAAGAAAGAGGCAGAAACUCUCAAAAAUGGAUCGUUAUCGUCAGAAGAAGGAGGAACGGAGAGAACGAAGAAAGGCAAUGAGGCAGCGACGUCGGGAAAAACGGGAUGCUGAUCUUGCAGCAGGCAAACCUCCUCCACAACAUCCUCGUCGUCAACGGGUCUCGAUGACUGAUUCAAGUUGUCGAACUUGCGUUGUCCUAGAUUGUUCUUUCGACAACCUCAUGUCCUUCAAAGAUAUCUGCAAAUUCGCUCAUCAGUUGUCGAAUUGCUACUCUACAAACCGGAACCUUCCAGCCCCUGUACAGCUUUAUAUCACUGGCUUAGGCAGUGCUUUUGACCGGGCAGAUCCAAUUUCAAAAGAUCUAGAGAAGAGAACUCCUAAACCAGAAAGUACACUUGCUCGGCUGAACAUUGUCGAUGCGAAAAACUGGGAUGUUCAUCUAAAAAUGGAGAACUAUACAGAACUCUUCCCGGCAUCUUCAAUCGUCUACCUAUGUGCUGAAUCACCUUACGAAUUGCCGGACAAAUUUGAGCCGGCAGAAACUAGUUUUUCUUCUGCUAAUAAAAGCCCUGUCUUUACUGCUGAUGACGUUUAUGUUAUUGGUGGUCUCGUGGAUCAUAAUCACUAUAAUGGCCUCUGUUACGAACAAGCCUGUGAGCGCGGUUAUAGGACAGCCCGCUUGCCAUUAGAGCGUACAGGGAUUUCAGUAGAGGGUCGCCGGGUGCUGUCACUACUACACGUAUUUCAGGCCCUCGCAUUUGUUCUCUCCACCGCCCAUCCUGAUUGGUCCUCCGCUCUGCGUGUUGCGCUUCCCCCUCGCAAAAUCAACAAAUUACCAAAUGCCAAGACGCCCCCUUCGCCAAACAGCCAAUCAAAUGAGGAUGAAACUGAUUCUUGA